CCGGGAUCAGUCGAUCAGUGAUCAGUGGCAGUGCAGCCGGUUCGCUCAUUAUAAGCACUAAAUCACUGUAAUUAAUGACUUAACGUCUAGUCAUAGUUCUAGUAUUAUUACGUGUGUUGACUUACUAGUUUCUACAAUUUUCUUGUAAAUCUUAGAAGCAAAAUGAGUAGUGAAUCCAGUCCAUUUAAGUAUUUUAUUUCAGGAGGUUUUGGAGGAGUAUGCACUGUAAUAGUGGGCCAUCCAUUUGAUACAAUUAAGGUGCGGCUGCAGACUAUGCCACAACCGACUAAUGGUUUACCGCCUCUGUACAAAGGAACUUUGGAUUGUGCUUUGAAAACUGUAAAGAAUGAAGGAUUUAGGGGGUUUUACAAGGGAAUGGGAGCUCCUAUUGCUGGCGUAGCUCCAAUCUUUGCUAUAAGUUUUUUUGGUUUUGGUGUUGGGAAAAAACUCCAACAAUCCAAACCUGAAGAUGUACUAACAAAACCCCAACUGUUCUAUGCUGGUGCAUUUUCUGGAGUCUUCACUACUAUAAUCAUGGCUCCUGGAGAGAGAAUCAAGUGCCUCUUACAGGUGCAACAAGACUCUACAGGGCCAAAGAAGUACAGUGGGCCUAGAGAUGUUGUUCGCAAGCUCUACAAGGAGGGCGGGAUUCGUAGCAUCUACAAGGGCACUGUAGCUACUCUCUUAAGAGAUGUUCCUGCCAGUGGCAUGUAUUUCAUGACCUAUGAGUGGAUCCAAGAGCUGCUCAAACCGGAUGGUGCCACUGAGGUUAGCACGCUCAGCACCGUUUUUGCUGGAGGCAUGGCAGGAGUGUUUAACUGGCUGAUAGGCAUGCCAGCAGACGUUUUGAAGAGUCGCCUACAAACAGCUCCAGAAGGCACGUACCCUGGGGGUAUAAAGCAAGUGUUUGGUGAGCUGAUCCGCCAAGAGGGUGUCACUGCCCUGUACAAAGGCUGUGCUCCUGUUAUGAUGCGUGCCUUCCCUGCCAAUGCAGCUUGUUUUAUAGGAUUUGAGUUUUGUAUGAAGGUUUUGAAAUGGUUAUUACCAAAUUCAUAAAACUAAGUUUCUUACUCAGUUUUUAAAUUAUGUAUUUUAGGAUGUGUUCAAUUAUCUAAAAGAAUUUUAAAUAUACUUAAGUGUUAACCAUUUUAGAUAUGUUUGUAUUGUUUAGCUGUAAUUUGCCAAAUUGUUUUAGCAAACUCAUUGAUCAAUUUAAGUACAUUUUCUUGUUAGCGUUAUAUUGCCCCAUUUCAUUUUAUAUUUAACGUUCCUGAUAACAUUUAAAGUACGUGUUUAUGCCUGUUAAAAUGCAACAUUAAAGAGUUUACAUUAUAAAUGCCAUCCUUGUUUAUGAAACACUACAGUUGGUGCUGUAAUUGAUUGUAUAGACAUGCAAACUAUGGAAAUAAUUCAUUCUUAAGGUUAAAAGUAAAUUUUUUAUCUAAGA